UGACAAAAUGGAACCCAGCAGCAGUGUGAGGACACCUGAAAGUGGCACAUGGCAGCAGAGUGUGGCGAUGGAGACAGCAGCAAUGGGAGGCCGUACGUAAAGGGACCCAUGACACACUGUGGACCUGGCAGCAGCGUGAGGAGGCGGUACAGGGGCCCAUGGCAGAUUAGGGCCUGGCAGCAGCUAUGGGAGGCCCGUAAAUCUGCCAGCACCCUAUGACAAAAAUGGAACACCCAGCAGAAGUGAAGGAGACCUGAAAGUGGCACAUGGCAGAGUGUGGCGAUGGAGACAGCAGCAAUGGGAGGGCGGUACAGGGACCCAUGAGACACUGUGGACCUGGCAGCAGCAUGA